CCCCUUCCCCUGCAACGAUAUAAAAAGUAAUCUCCGAAAUUAGCCCCGACUCCGCCGAGUCCGAUCCCGAGUGGAAUCGCUCGGCUCGCACGCAGACCCAACCAAGCUUACCCUGACGUACGAACCGUGGUACAAAACCUGUCCAUAUACCAGUCAAUGCCCCCAUCGGAUCAUGCAGCAAUCUACUAGAGAGGCGAUUCUCUCACGUAGAGAAAUUGAAGCCCUAAUUGCAGGGGGCCAGUCGAUUAUUAUUGUGAAUCAGAAAGUCCUUCGUGUGGAUGCCUGGAUUCCGUACCAUCCCGGUGGACUUAAGACCAUCCAGCAUGUGGUUGGAAAGGAUGCCACAGAUGAGUUUACUAUGUUAGACACUCGAUUUCCUAUCUUCGAAGGACGCGAUGGGCUUGCUUGAUGCUGACGGGCUGUAGAUUCCACUGCGAAGAGACGCGACAGAUGAUUGCAAGGUAUCAGAUUGGGCGGAUUGAAGGAAGAUGGAUCAAUUUCGUACCACCAAUUCAAGGGGGAGUAUUUCGACCGGAUGAUGAUGGAGAAGACGAGUCAGCCAUCUUAGUCAAGGAACAGCUAGAUGCUUCCUCAACUGGGCCCACAGCUGCCACAGUAGAUGCAGGCAUCCACAAACGACACAGCAAGCCUGAGCCAAUGGAGAAUAUGGUCACUCAAGACGAAAUAACGUUCCUCGACACGCAAACCAAAGAAGAAGUCAAACUCACCCUAUCGCAGUACCCACCUCUGGACCCUGUAACCCAGGACGAGAUCAUCGCUAAAUACCGACUUCUGCACAGCCGAAUCCACGCCGAAGGCCUCUACAAAUGCAACUACACAGCCUACGCCUGGGAAUUCGGCCGCUGCUCCCUCCUGUUCAGCACCAUGCUCUUCUUCCUCCACAUCGGCUGGUACAACACAAGCGCCCUCUUCCUCGCCUGGUUCUGGUCCCAAAUGGUCUUCGCCGCCCACGACGCCGGCCAUAUCGGAAUCACCCAGAACUUCACGAUCGACAGUCUGAUUGGGAUGACGAUCGCCGCACCCAUCGGCGGCCUCUCCCUGGGCUGGUGGAAACGCAGCCACAACGUCCACCACAUCGUAACCAACGCACCCGAGCACGAUCCCGACAAUCAGCACCUCCCCUUCCUGGCCGUUAACCACCGCUUCCUCGGGAACCUUUUCUCCACCUACCACGAACGACUCUUGGCCUACAACAAAGUCGCCCAAGCCCUAGUCCCUUACCAAGCUUAUCUGUACUACAUCAUUCUGCUCUUCGGCCGCUUCAACCUCUACGUGCAAUCCUGGAUCUUCCUCCUCCAAGCCCAAGGGCCCCGCAAGGGCCCCGCCAAAUGGCACCGCUGGUUCGAAAUCUGCGGGAAUCUAAUCUUCUGGCUCUGGUUCGGCUACGGCAUCCUCUACAAAGCCCUCCCAACAGCCCUGUCCCGCGUCUCUUUCGUCCUAAUCAGCCACAUGGCCACCAUGCCCCUGCAUGUCCAAUUCACCGUCUCCCACUUCGCAAUGUCCACCACCGACCUCGGCCCGCACGAAUCAUUCGCCCAAAAGAUGCUCCGCACCACCAUGGACGUCGACUGUCCGCCCUGGCUGGACUGGUUCCACGGCGGACUGCAGUUCCAGGCCAUCCACCAUCUGUACCCCCGCGUGCCGCGGCAUAAUCUGCGCCGCACACAGGCCUUGGUGAUGGAGUUCUGUCACGAUGUGGGUAUCCCGUACGCGCUGUAUGGGUUUGUGGGCGGGAAUCGCAAGGUCCUGGGCAGUUUGGCGGAGGUGGCCAGGCAGGCGGCGAUUCUGGAGAAGUGUCGCAGGACGGUUGCUGAGAGGGGGGAUUUGGUUUGGGGGAGGUAGAAGUUGUUAACGCUGUCUUUGGAUUUUGGUUUUGUUUCUAUUGCCUCCCCC